AGAGAGAGAGAGAGAGAGGUUGGCUCGGGUUUCAGAGACGCACGCUGGACGGCUGACUUUUGGGGAUCGCUCAGAAGAGAAGCAGCUAAUGGGACAAGCAGAGCGGGACACAAGAGAAGUAAGAGAGUCCUUCCCUGUGAAGCGGGAACAUCACUGACUGACUCAUGACAAACUGCAGAAUGUCUAGAUUUAUAACUUUGAUAUAGUUGCUCAUCUUGAGGGCAGUGAGGUAGUUUGGAGAGAAGAAGAAGAAAAGGGACAUCUGCAAAACUGUCCCCCUUUACAGAGCUCCUAAAGUUGGAGGUCGCCGGGAUUUCUCUUCACCUGAUGAAUAUAGGAAUCUCUGAGUGGAUAAAACCAGAAUUAGAUAUCUAAAAUGGAAGAAGAGCAGAAGUGGGGAGUCGCUGGGAGACGCAGUGAGGACGAGCAACAGCACCCUUCAAAAAAGACGCAGUGGAGAAAUUGGAGAGAUUUGUCUGGCGUAACGAUUUGCAUGGCAUUAUCUCUACUGUGCCUUGGAGUUUGCAUUGUGGUUUUUGUCCGGACGUCGGAAUUGCAGUCCAGGAUAGUAAGUCUGGAGCAGCUGCACCGGGACGCACAGAUCUCCGCGCGGAUGUUGACUCUGGAGCAGGUGGAGCCCGUUAUCUUGGGCCGACUGGACCAGAUCCUGGAAGAGAAGCUUGCAGCGCGACUACCGAAGACGCGGGAGGCGAGGGACGUUCCUCACACCUGCCUGUGUCCCCCAGGACCUCCAGUAAGUAGACAAGACAUCUUAUGUGACCUGCAUGGGGGAGCGCCAGGUGAACCAGGCCUGUCUAUCAUUGGACCAAGAGGACCUCCUGGACAACCUGGAACAAGAGGAUUUCCAGGCUUUCCAGGUCCAAUUGGGUUGGAUGGCAAGUCUGGACAGAACGGAGCUAAGGGAGACAUGGGUCAGCGUGGUCCUAAAGGACACACAGGGGAACCAGGACCCAAAGGGGAGAAGGGUGUCUGCGGAGACUACACACAUCGGGGCCUCUUUGUGCAGGAUCUCCCUCUGAAAACCCUGGCUGCCUUACGCUCCAGUCAGGCUCUGAUGUUGAAGGGCGAGCCUGGAGCGCAGGGACCGCCAGGACCUCCAGGACCCCCCGGAGACCCAGGCCUGAGUGGAGCCAGCGGCCCACCAGGUAAGCCAGGAGAACCAGGCAAACCAGGAAAAGACCCAAGGCUUUUACCAGGACUGAAGGGUGAACCAGGUGCACCAGGACAAAAGGGUGAUCGAGGUGAAGUCGGCCCAGCAGGUCCUGAAGGCCCUAAGGGAUUCAAGGGAGAUCUAGGAAUCAAGGGAGAUAAGGGAGAGCCCAGCAUCACAGCCCAGGGAAUUAAAGGAGAACCAGGAUCACCAGGACUUCCAGGCCAAAUGGGAUCCAAGGGUGAUAAAGGCGACCAGGGAUACAAGGGGGAAUCAGGCCCUGAAGGCCCAGCUGGACCAAGAGGUCCUGCAGGACCAACUGGGGAGCCAGGAAAGGCUGAAAUCCUCAAUAAUGAAAAUGAUAUUCGUAACAUACCACUGAUGGGCCCGCCUGGAGUACCUGGACCUCCAGGCGCCCCUGGGCUCACCGGUGCCAAGGGUGAGGUUGGCCUACCAGGUGCUCCAGGACUGGAUGGAGAGAAGGGCCCCAGAGGGAAGCCUGGAGAGCCUGGUCCCGUAGGCCCAGCCGGUCCUGAAGGUCCCAGAGGGGAGGGUGGUGUUGUGGGCUUCCCAGGACCCAAGGGAGACAAGGGAGACAUGGGCCCAUCUGGAUCACCUGGUUUAGAUGGCCCUACGGGUGAAAAGGGGGCUACAGGAGCCCCUGGCUCUAUUGGAUUACCAGGCACAAUGGGUCCCAAAGGUGAGGCUGGAGACAGAGGGAGGUCAGAAAUGAUCUAUGGUCCUUCAGGACCCCCAGGACCUCCAGGACCAGUCGGCCCAGCGGGAUCGCAAGGACUUUCAGGGCCUAAGGGGGAGCCAGGCAUAGGCAUCAGGGGCGAGAAGGGAGCGUCAGGUCAGAAGGGUGAUAAAGGAGAUAGAGGCCAUCUUGGACUCCCUGGGGCUCAUGGGUUAGACGGCAGACCGGGUCCAGUGGGUCUAAUAGGACCAGCAGGUGUGCCAGGGCCAGCAGGACCAAAGGGAGAGAGAGGUGAAAAAGGAGAUGGAGGAUUACCAGGACCAAUUGGGCCUCAGGGCAUCCCUGGUUUAGUAGGACCACAAGGACUCAAAGGGAAUCGGGGAGAGAGGGGCAAGAAAGGCAACAGGGGGGCCAAAGGGGAUAAGGGAGACCAAGGAGCACCUGGAUUAGAUGCCCCCUGUCCGUUGGGAGACGAUGGCUUACCUGUACCAGGAUGUUGGAAUAAAUGACGAUAACUUUGGAAUGGCUUGUGUGAUUGUACAUAGGAUAUUUAUUUUUUUACUUUUUCUGUAUUCUGUUAUACAUAGAAAAAAAAUUAAAAAUCCUAAAAAUAUU